AAAGUAUUUUUGCAAAGAGUAAACUCAGAAGAGAGAAGUGAAGACUGAUUUUUAUUUUUUUAUCCUUUGCUGCCAAAUAUGUGGUUCAGUGUGGUGAUGCUAUUCCUCUGUCUCUCCCAAACAGAGCUGGCUAAAGUUUGGGUUCAACAGCAAACAGAUGUUGGGCAAAACGUGAUCUCACAGCAGCAAGAAGAGUCAGCUGGAGGUGACAAUCAUCCUCGCAGAGCCCAGAGGUCAUCCUCAGGCCACGCCAUGAUACACAGGGCGGUCUUAGGUGGAGGACUAACCAUUGAUCCCCUGCCAGACAACGAGACACGCAUAGUGGAGGAUUCUGGCAAAUAUUACACAUGGCGCAGCUUUGGCCCUGAGGACCAGCGCACACAGGAACUAUGGGUAGACAUGAAUGAUCUCCGGCACGGCCAAGUUAGAGUCCAUGGCAUUCUGUCAAAUUCAUACAAACAGGCUGUGAGGGUUGCCCUGUCAUUUGACUUUCCUUUUUACGGACAUUACCUGAGGCAGAUUACCAUAGCAACGGGAGGGUUUAUCUUCACAGGGGACAUCACUCACCGAAUGCUGACCACAACACAGUACAUCGCCCCUCUAAUGGCUAAUUUUGACCCUAGCUACUCCAAAGAAUCCACUGUGCAAUACCUGGAUAAUGGUGAGGUGUUUGUGGUCCAGUGGGAGCAGGUCAGACUCCUUGGCAAAGAGUCAGAAGGGGCCUUCACCUUUCAGGCUGCACUUUACAAAACUGGAGCUGUCACAUUCAGUUACAGAGAUAUACCACUGCCAUUAGAUAUGAUCAGUUCAGCGGAGCAUCCAGUGAAAGUCGGUUUGUCUGAUGCCUUCAUGGUCGUGUCAUCCUCUUCUCAAACACCAGAUGUCCAGCGGACGAAGAUUUACGAGUACCACAGAGUUGAGAUAGACACUGCGAAGAUCACCAACUACUCUGCUGUUGAGUUCACUGCACUGCCUACCUGCCUGCAACAUGACAGCUGUGAGCUCUGCCUCACAUCCAACCAAACCUCUGGUUGUAGUUGGUGUCAUGUUCUCCAGAGGUGUUCAGAUGGCAUGGAUAGACACAGACAAGAAUGGUUGGACUAUGCCUGUUCAGAAGAGAGCAAAGAUGCAACCUGUGAGGAUUACACCAGGGAUGACAGCUCCACUGGUUCCUCCGUCACACCAGAGAUCGUGGAUACGACAGCUUUGACUCCUCUCCGAAAAGGCUGUCGUGAUGAUGACACCAAACAUCAUAUAUUUAAGACGGGCAACGAUGUGAAGACAGAUUCUCCAACCAAGAGUCAAGGGUUGGCAAACACAGGAGUGAUAGCUGGUAUAGCAGCUGCUCUUGUGUUAGUCUUGGCACUGAUACUUUUAGCUCUUUACAUCAACUGCCAUCCUGCUGUUGCAUCUCCACUUUACCUCAUCCAGCGACGCAAGAACUACUGGCCUUCCUUGAAGUUUCAGAAGCAACAAUCUGGUUACACAGAAGUGGAAGAAGAAGGACAUGAGAAAGACAGCAUUGUUGAAGCUGAGCCAUGUUGAAACCAUGAAUGGAAACGUGAAUUUGCAUUGAACUGAUUUCUAACAUCAUUAAAAAAAUAUAUAUACACUAGUCCAAACAUUUACAUUCCAAACCCAUAUCAAUUUUUUUUGUUCUGUUUAUGAUUGUUUUUUUAAGCAGUUGGGGGCUCCAUUGCAAAAAGAUAAACUUAACGAUUUCAUUUGAAAUUUAUAUCCACAACACAAGAAAAUACAGCAGCAGUGCU